AGGUACACCUUUAGACCUAGACCUAACAACUGAUCCGAACUCCUGGACGGUCACCAAAAUUCUUUAAUAAUACAAUAAUCUUCAACCGCUACGCUUGGCCAUGCUUGAAUAAUCCAUCACCCAUGCCGCCUCAAAGCGCACCGUGAAAUACAGAUGUGCACAGGAAGCAAAAAUCUCGCCGUUCCCUUAACGAGGAUCAAAAUCAAUCAAACCCCAGCCUAGUCGCUGCCACGAAAAAGAAACGCCACUCCCAAUAUUUCCCCUCUCGCCCACCAAGCAACACCGCAAAAAGAAAAAAAGAAUAAGCAGACAUGGACGCACCCGAAGAAGAACUGGACAUCAAGCUCCAGAAGAUCUCGGGCGAUCUGAUCGCCGACUUUGACCGCUCCCUGCGGCCGCUGCUGCGGCGGGCCGACGGCACAGUGCGAAGCCAGGUCCGAUCCCGCGAGGCCGUCCGCCUGACCAUCCUGGUGCUCGACCCGUUCCAGGAGCUGCCGCAGCUGCUGGAUCCGUACCUGGCCGGCUGGUCGCAGACCCUGGCUGAGGCGUUCCUCGAGUACUAUGGUCGCCGGCGACGGUCCACCGUCGCGCGCAGCAAGGCGGCGGCGGCGGGGCAGGAGGGGCAUCUCAUGUCCCUCCCCGCGGCCGUCUGCCGGAUCAUGUACACGCUGUGCAAGAUCCGUGGGGAAAAGGUCGUCGUGAGGCUGCUGAGCGUCGAGACGAGGUACUUGGAGCUGCUGCUUUCCGUGCUGGAGGAGUCGGAGAGGGCGGCGCUGGCGGCGGAUGCGGUGGCGGCGGCUGCCAGUGAUGAUCAUGGGUUCGGCUCACCAGCGGAGAGCAAAUUCCAGUCUGGCGUCUCAAGGCUGUGGACGUGGGAGGAACGCUACGUCGUGUUACUAUGGCUAUCUCACCUCUUUCUCGCACCGUUCGACCUGGCCUCCAUCUCCUCUGUUGACCUGCACGACGAUGAACUGCCCGAGAUUCCUGGGCUUCAGUGGCCACCCAACGUUCCCGGCAUCGCACUGCGGGUGCUCCCGCUGGCCAUCAAGUAUCUUGGCUCGCCAGGAAAGGAAAGGGACGCGGCAAAGGCUCUCCUGGUCAGGAUAGCGAUGCGUAGAGACAUGCAGGAGGUCGGGAUACUCCACGCCCUGGUACAAUGGGCACUCUUUGCGCUACGGCCCAGCACCAAGGACUCAGACGGGACUACCGGCUCGCCGUACUACUACAUUGGCGUGCUGUCUUUUCUUGCCGGCUUGCUGGCUUCCUCUGCGGAUACGUCCGACAUGGAUAGGUACCUCAAGACGGUCUUUUACGCGACGUACAACAUCUCUUCCAACUCGGAUGAUAUCUCCAAGCUGAUUGCCUCUUCGGCCCUCGCUCGCAAGAUAAUUGUCAAGAUUGUGCGGUCGAUUGCGAUUCUUGUCCUGCGCAGGACGUCCACCUCGACUGCAGCGUCUCUUAUGGACGACAAGGCCGACACGGUCCUGGUGGAGACGGCCGUUGGACACUCGCUGGACCUGCUUUCAGACAAUGACACUCCCGUCAGGUUUGCGGCUAGCAAGGCCCUGAGCGUCAUCACGCUACGACUGGAGCCAGAUCUUGCAUCACAGGUUGUCGAGGCGGUGUUGGAGUCCCUGGACCGAAAUGUACUGUGGGUAAAAAGUCCGGGCUCUAGGGAUGGUGACGAUACAACCCCAGCGCGGCGCACACGCGACAUGUCCCUGGUUGAUCCCCUUGAAUGGCACGGUCUGAUGCUCUCCCUGUCGCACUUACUGUAUCGCCGUUCGCCUCCAGCCGAGGGCCUGGCCAAGAUCAUUCAGGCGCUACUUACAGGCCUCUCGUUUGAGCGCAGGGGAACAUCUGGUGCAUCGAUGGGCACAAAUGUCAGAGACGCAGCUUGUUUUGGCAUUUGGGCACUUGCUCGGAGAUAUACAACAGCAGAGCUACUUGCCGUCCCCGUCGAUUCGUUCUAUCCUAGCUCAUCGCACCGCAAAUCACCACCCGUCAUCCAGGUCCUCGCCACGGAGCUCACAGUCACCGCAUCUCUCGACCCGUCCGGCAACAUCCGCCGAGGCUCCUCAGCGGCUCUCCAGGAACUUGUUGGCCGCCAUCCCGACACUGUCGAGCAGGGUAUCUGGCUCGUCCAGACGGUCGACUACCACGCCGUGGCCUUGCGAUCGCGCGCCACCUCCAAGGUCUCGCUGGGUGCGACGAGGCUCUCGGGCCAUUACGGCGAUGCAGUAUUAGAAGCUCUCCUCGGCUGGAGGGGGAUCGGCGAUGGUGAUCCCGCGGCACGGCGCGUGGCUGGUUCUACGUUUGGGGCGGUCGCGAGGGAGCAGGCCGUGGCCAGCACGGCGGGUGGAAACCCCCUGGACAGGGUUCAGCAGUCCAUCGACCAGCUCUUGGACCGGAUCGAUGCCCUCCAGACCCGAGAAGUCGAGGAGCGCCACGGCUUACUGCUCAGCCUUGCAGCUGUGCUUGACACCAUCCCUGAGCUGCUUGGGGAUCGACUCGGAGAUGUCGCAACUCUGGCUGGUCGCACCUUGCAAAGGCUCACGGCGGUGUUGGAUGUCUGUGUCAAGACCAAUUUUCGUCGCCCGGAGCUCGUUGCCGAGGCAGCCAGUUUGUUGAUCAUAUCGUCGUUCCCACUACUUCAGGUAGUUACUGCAGACCCGGUAGUGGCUCACGGAGAAACAGCGCUAAAGCUGCUGCCUGGCGCCGACGUCGCCACCCCCGCAUUUUCCGCGGACGAGUUGAUAUCAAUCAGAGAUGCUAUCAACAAGACGGGAUCUAAAAACACACAAGGCACAAGUUUGCACGAAUACUUGCUGGUUGUUCAGGCAGCUGUGAGCGAAUGGCUGGGGCGUGCGGAGCAAGAAGUCAUCGACGCUACAUCCGUCGCAUCGCUGAUAUUAUUGAUAUUCCUUGGUGAUUGUGAGCAGGGAGAGUUGAAAAGCGCCCAGAGCCUGCUUGCCAAAUGGGCACAGCUGGCACGCCAAAAGCCAACCUCUUCUCGGGCGGGCAUUGGGGCAGGAUACUUUUUCGCCUUGACCAUGGCUCACCGUGUCAUCCCUCGCCCGAGUGCUCAACCCAUAGAGGCAUGGCAUGCUGAUGCCACAUCCAGCCUCAUCACCGGGCCUUUGGUGGAUCGCUGGAGGGCGGACGCAAGCACCGAGGUGCGCGUCGCCAUACUCCAGAGCCUGACGGGAGCAGGAAGCAGUUUAUUGCGCGAGAACAUGUCGGUGCUACUGGUGUUGGUCACAGAGGGUCUAGAUGACUACACCGUCACCGCACGAGGAGACGUCGGCUCCCAUGUACGGUUGCAGGCCAUCAAGGUAACCAAGGGGCUCUGGAAAGCUAUUGAGGGGUCAAGCCCGGGAGAUGAGAAGCUCGAGGUUGCGUUCUUGACGCUGUUUCCCAAGAUUCUACGGCUUUCGGCGGAGAAGCUCGACAAAGUCCGAGCAGAGGCGCAAACUGCUUUGGCCUUGGCCCUGAACCAGGACUGGGCCCUCAAGCUCCGAAGAUCAACCUACUCCUCCCGCCCAUACCACAGCUUCCUCCUCAGCCUCCCCACAACCACCUCUGAGCGCCUGCACCCGUCCGUCUCGGCCACGCCGGUGCUCCGCGAUGCGGACGCAUCCCGCUGGAUGGAGGAGCUGAUGACGGGGUACGUGACGUCGGCCGACGCGGGCCACGAGGACCUCGUCAUCGCCAGUCGCGGCGCGCUCGCGGCCUACUGCGCGCGGUCCCAGGACGACCUCGACCGGGCGUGCGGCGCCCUGGCCCGCAACCUGGCGAGGCUCUCCAGGCAGCAGCCGCAGCCGGACCGCGUCGUGGUGCCGACGCUCAACGUCGCGGCGUUCCUGUUCCACGUCGGCGUGUUUUCGCGCUGCAGCGUCGUCGACUACAAGGCGCUCUGCCUCGCCGUCCAGCGCUGCGGGUACAAGACGGGCAACGUGCGCAAGCUCGAGGCCUGCGUCAAGGUCUACGGCGCCGUGGCGGGGAUGGGGCUGCAGGGUGGGCAGGAGCGGCAGGAGCAGCAAGGCCAGCAGCGUGCGCAAGGCGUGCGCGAGGCGAGAAAGAGGCUCGGGGCCUUGCUGCUGCACCCCUGGCCGAGGGUUAGGAGCUUCGUGGUGGACGAGCUGUGGGUUCUGCUCUCGGACGAGCGGUACGACGCUUCGGCUGCGCGGGAGGGGGGCGGCGGUAGCGGCGGCAUGGCGUCGAAGCUCAAGGGUGUCGACUGGGGCAGUGCGGGAAAAGAUGCGGUCAAGGGGCUUGUGGAGCAGCUGGGGCUCACCUAGUUUUCCUGCGUUUCUUCAUGCGAAGAAAAAUGGGAAUGGGAUCGGGACAUGGAGAAGAAGACGAAAAAAAUACCGCAAAUUCCAAAAGUCUAUGGUGCUUGGCCUCAUCUUCUGCUCAUCUCUACUCCGUAUCGGGAGCCCAUGUCGAGAUCGAGGAUGCCCAUCCCUUUCACAUGGUCUUCUUUGAACGUUGGCCGAAAUUCCCCCUCGGUUUCUUGUCGAUAUCUCCAUGGUAUUCUUGGAGAUGUCCAUUGCCAGACCAGAUUUCCGAAUAAGACAAAAUGAGGUAAUUCGUGACCGUUUUGACCCGCAUUGCAGUUCGUCCAGAACUAGCUUUUCUUUUCUUUUUUUUUUUUUUUUUCUUUUGGAUCGGAUCAGACUCAGACUGCCCUUGUUUUUUCCUGCUUUUGUUUCUUUUCUGUCCUUCUCUCUCUCAAAAUACGGUACUCGCUUCAACUUGCCCUUGUUGGUCCACCUAGGAGAGAGCUUGGCCCCUGGGACCCAAAACGCU